AAGGCAAUAUGAAAUAGUAUAAAUCCAAAUGAAGAGAGUAUCACAUUGAUUCCGAGCGACGAUAUUGGAAGAACCAACAUGAAUUUCCAGAGUGUGAAUCCUCUAAAUGUUCGAUUGAACUUAUUCUCGGGCAACUUAUUACCGAUGACUAACUACAAUUCACCUUUUCCAUUAUUAUGGAAGAUGUAUAGCAUGUUUGUGUGGAUAAUCGAAUUGAUCAUAGGUGCCACAUUAAUUCCGGGGUGCAUGUAUGUAUCGACGGAGAAAGUUCUGAAGGACGGCAUGAUUUGCUUUGCAGUCUUUAUAGAAAUGACUUUUUUGAUCGCGCGAAUUCAUAUUUAUAAGAAUGUGGCGCAUCAAUUAAUUCGAAGACUGAAUGAUAUUUUGCACGUUGCUGACGAGACUAUGAUGAGCGUCGUGACGGCGACUCUGAAACCGGUGGAAGCUCCGCUCAACUUUUACUGGUCGAUCGGUGUGAUAUCGAUAAUAGCGUGGACUUGUAUACCGCUUGUAUUAGUAUUCAAGAAGAAUCUUUUCUACUAUGAAGAUUAUAGGAUACCUGCCGCUUUCUCGAAACAGCCAUUCUCACUCGAGAUCUUCCUGCUGGGCAGUGUAUUCUUAAUGGUCAGUGCUGUAUAUAUGUUUUUACAGAAAGUCGGUGUGGAUGUAUACAUGAUACAUCUGGUGUUGAUGACAACGGCGCAAUAUCGAUAUAUUGCAAUGAAAAUUGCAAUGAUAUUUCAUGCAAAUGAUGAAGAUAACAAGGAGUACUCUUCUGAAUUAAAUCAAAGGCAAGAAAGGGAAUUUAAAGUGCUAUGUCGGCAUCACAACUCCGUGAUUCAUAUAACUUCGUUACUAAAAGAACUGCUUUCUUUAAACUUCAGUUUAAUUUACAUGAACAGUGUCUUUCGAUUUUGUUUUAUCGGUAUCAUGUUAAGCAUGAUACCAUCCACAACAUUCUGGGAAGGGAUUUCAAUCAUCAUGUACGCAUCAGGAGCAGUAGUACAGCUUUUUAUUUUGUGUUCUUGCGUGCAACAAUUAUUAGAUGCGAGUACGGAAAUAACAAAUGAAGCAUUUCACGAAGAUUGGUAUCUACUCAAACCAUCGAUAAAACGUACAUUUAUUUUAAUAAUUAUGGCUAAUAAUUUAGAAUGCAAACUAGCAACGUUUGAAAAUUUAAACCUUUCUUUACCUUCAUUUAUGAUGAUUUUAAAUCAAUCAUAUUCGAUCUCUCUUCUAUUUCUAAAAAUGAAAUGA